ACUCUUUAAGAUUUUUAGAAUGGCUUAUAAUUUAGAAUGGAGGGAGUAUAAAUCAGUAUAUCUGUAUAUAUGUAACCACUCCCUUCUCUUCCGUCAACAUCGAGAAGAAGACAGGAGGGCAACUUCACCUCGGAAGCUCAGACUCGCAGGAUGCAACAAGAACAUGCCCAAGCUUCAGCAGAUGGUUGAGAAGGCGUGUGAGAGCUGCAGGGAGUGGCAGGAGCACUACUACUGGGAUCACAUGGAUGUGAGCAAGAUCCGCUUCUUCAGGCGCAUGACCGGAGAUUUUGCUCAUCGCAUUAGCAUACCGGAGAAGUUUGCAAAGAAAUUCAGGGGGCAGAUCACCGAAGAGGUUCAACUGAAAUCACCUAGUAGUGCUGAGACAUGGCACAUCAGCGUAGAGAAGUGUGACGAUGUGCUGUUCUUCAUAUCAGGAUGGGAGGAUUUUGUCAAGGCUCAUGAACUGCAGGAGAAUGAUCUCCUGCUCUUCACUUGCUGUGGAAAGUCUUCCUUUGAGGUCCUAGUCUUCGAAGCAAGUGGCUGUGAAAAAGUGUCUUCCCUGUUUGACAAUGGAAUUGGUUCUGAUGUGUGCAAACAAUUCAAUGAUAUAGUGGGUAAACAUGGUGAGCAUCACUCUGUGACUGUGAGUGAUUCUGAGGAUGCCAUUGCGCCGUCGCAGCUGGUUGGAUCCCCUCACAACGCCUCUCCUUCGAAGGAACAGAGUGGGAAGGCUAGACCAAGUGAGUAUGAAUCACCAAAAGACAGCAACUUUAUUGUCAAGCAUGUGGCAACUGGCGAAGAGGAUAGUGAUGAUGGGUAUGCUAAAUCUAACUACUACUACUCCAAGUUCGCCAAUCGACUAAGAGAUGAGGAAAAGGAGCAAAUAAUAGGUUUGGCUUCCAUCCGACCGAACAAUCCUGUAUUUGUGGCUGUUCUGAUGAAAAACCAUGUUCAGCGCAGAAACAACCAUCUGACCAUCCCAAUUAAAUUUGCUGCUGAUCAUCUUGUGGAAAGAGCACAUGACAUCAUCCUUCGUAGGCCAAAUAGGAAAGAGAAAUGGCUUGUCAGCUACUAUUACUCAUGCCGCACCCGGUGUUUCCACAACUUACGGUUGUUUAAGUUUAUGCGCGAAAGCAAGCUUCGUGAGGGUGACAUCUGCAUCUUUGAGCUGAUGAAAGACAAAAGGAGAGUGACGAUGACUGUCCAUGCCAUCAGAAAGGCCAAUGACCGGUUUAUUCUGGUAGGCUAAUCUGAUGCAGUGCACUUGUACUGUUGGAGUUCCUGCAGUAUGUACUAUGCAGGGGUAGCAUUGUCAACUGAAACUGCAAGUGCCUAGUGAUGCUUGCAAGGAAUGCGAGUGUAAUUUUGUAUCAUGUAAGGUAACUUCCUGAUCAGCAGUAUGGCAACUAGAACAAGGUGUGCCCUAUGUAACGUAAAUGUUUCUAAGCAAAUGUUACCCU